UGGAGCUGCGGGCGGUUGUUUUGCGGCGGCGCCGUGAUGGAGCGGGCGGGAGCGCCGGAGCUGGCUCUGAGGGAGCAACGGAGGAGCCGGCCGCAGAACUGCCAAGCAGCCAAGGAAAGGCUGAAAUGCGCAAGCGCAAAACACUUUUUAAAGAACUGGACUAAUCACCUGAAUCCACCCUUCGAGCCAGUUUCUAAACUCAAGCAUAUUGAGAGGAACCAGGAGGAUGUUCUUGGGAACGUGAUGGAGGGUGCUCAAGGGCAUGGCAAGCUUGGAGCGAAAUCCACACAGCACUCUGGCCACACUGCUCAGCAGAAGCCUUCAAAUACAUCCCAGAGAGCAGCAGGGGUGUGUCCAGUGCAGCCGGGGAACAAUGGGAAGCUUCCUGCUUCUGCACAGACCAGAGACAGACUCCCACCUUCAAGCUCAGGUCACCUAAAUCCAGAAAGGAACCCGAAGUCUGCACAGGAUACUGUCACUGCAGCAGCACCUCAGGUGGGAAGUGACCACCCCCCUCCUGGAGCACCUCACUCCCUGAAUGAGGGGCUGCAGGACAGGCUAGUCUGCCACAAGGAAAACCUCGGCCCACGAGCCUCCACACCCCCGGUGCUGAUCAGAGCUUUACAAUCUGAUGGAAACGGUCUCGGGAAGAAGAAAGUCUUGGCCCGCAGGCAAAGCUCAGCCGUAAAGUCAAGGCCUGUUCUGGGUCCAAAAGACAGAGUUAGUAACCGCCAGCCUAAGGAAGUGCCAGUUCUGGAUAAAUUCAGGAAAACCCUGCCAGAGUCAAAGAGUGUGUCUCAAAAUACAAGUACCAGAACUCGGCCGUUGCAGCCCUCUCGUUUCCUUCCUGCUUCUGAUAAUUUGCUACAUAAAAACCCAGGGAAAAACCAGGGAAAAACUACUACAGUGAGGCAACCUGUAGGAAAGCCACCUGGCACAGCUCCCGGCGGAAGUCUCAAGCACCACAGCCAACCUCCCCCAGUGAGAAGAUUUCCCACCAAGCCUCCCACCUUGGGCAAGCCCGAGGGGACCACAAACCUGAAAUCCAGCCUGAACCCAGGUGUCACUUUGCCAAGGCCCAUGGUUAAAGAGGGGAUGGACAGGAAGGACAUGAAGGUGGUGCCUCCUGGACACACAGCAGCAUCCCAAGGGACAGGCCACCCAAACCAGUCUCACAGCAUACACAACUCCAAAACUCCUGUACUUGAGGAUGAUUUGAGAAGUAGGAGAGAUGAGCUUCAACCAGACCUACCAAAGGCAGGUGGUAUGCAGGCUAGGCGCAUUCCAAGGAUCCCAUCAGCUGCAGAUCGUAAGAAACAGCUGGAGGAGUGGUUGGCAUCCAAAGGCAAGAAGUACAAGCGGCCACCGAUGGCGCUGCUUCAGAAGCAGGCAGUGAAGCCAUCCUGCAGAAGCGUCAAAGCAAAAGAGAAGCAAGAGAAUCCAGAGCAGCGCUGCCAAGCGGAGAUCAACAACGUAUUAACUCAGUGCCUGAAGUUCGCUGAGGAGGGUGUCCCUGCAGAGGAGCUCUUGGCAGUCCUGUCCCAUGUGCCCCAGGCAGAGAAAUUUGCCAAAUUCUGGAUCUGCCAAGCAAAGCUGCUGGCCCGGAAUGGCCCCUUUGACGUGUUGCAGCUGUACAGAGAAGCAGUCAGCGCUGGGGCUGAGCCAGUUGAGGAGCUCAGGGAAACUGCUCUCAGUAUUUUGAAGGAUGCAGCCCAAAACUUGGAAGGAGAAAAGGCCGAGGAACCCGUUCCUUGGGGGCCUACGACACCUUGUCCAGGUGAGAGGCAGCCCACAGCAUCAACUCCAGGCCUGGUGGGGAGGCCCCUGACCUCACUUCCCCCCUCAAUCAAGUUACAGGUUACAUCUGCAUCCAGAGGAAGGGAGUUCCCAGAAGGCCCAGAAUUGAAAUUUUUGACACCCGUGCGGCGCUCGCUACGGAUUGAGCGAGUUGUGAGUCUCUACCCAGAGAUGCUGAAGGACCAUGACCCUGUGGUGUCAUCCCUCAGGGAAAUCCUGGAUGCUGAGGAGGAGACUUGCUUCUUCUUCCGGAAAAACCUGGCUUUGCCAGAAGUGACAGAGCUGGAGGAUUUGAGUUCAUACCCCCCCAAGAGCUCCUGAGGGGUUCCCAGCAGGGGCAGGCCACCUGCCCACUGUGCUGCUCCACUGACUGCUCUUGCUGCCCCUCAGAUGUAGAGGCGAGGGGGAUGGCAUUGUAUCAAAUAUCUAAAUGCUGGUUUAAAACUUGCAGUAGA